GAAAGAAUGUAACAUGGCGGUCGCUAUGUCGAUUUUUCAUCGUAGAAGUUCUGACUUGUUUAAAGCUCUUGUAAUUCGCUUCCCAAAACAGUACUUUUGUUCCAUAGCUGGUGGUAACGUGGAUGAAGGGAAAGAAAGAAGUUCUGAUCGUUUAGGAUCUGAUUCACACGGAAAAGAACUUGAUUUGGUUCUUGCAUGUUUACGAGUGGAUCGUGUUGCAGCUAGUGGCUUUGGUAUUGGAAGAAACAAAAUAAAAAACCUCAUUGCUUCCAAAGACGUUUUUGUCAAUAAACUCAACACAAGCCAGUCUGACUUAGUUAAUGAGGGAGAUGAAAUUGAUCUCACAAGAUCAAAAGAAAAGGACAAAGUGGUUAUGUCACGAUUCAAGGUGUUGACAAUCUAUAAAGAUCUUACCAAGAAAGCAAAACGACGCCUUGUUGGAGUGCGGUAUGGCAGUAUGAUCAUAUCAAGAGAGGAGUUUGAUAAAGAUUAUGCUCACCCUUCAAAGUGAGAAGCUUUGUGAUGCAAAUAUACAUUUAGAUGCCAUCAAAAUGGAUACAAGUGAACUUGGAAGCAAAUGACUUUGUGGUCUUGUGUCCUUUUUACUCUGGCUUGCAGCUCUUGGCACAAAUUGUUGGCAGAGGAAUGU